AUCAUCAAUCGAUUAUGAUGUCUGAUGCCGGGCGGACGUGCUAAAGUGUGUAUUCAACUACAGAAUUCGUGUUCGACUUUUGACAAUGGCUAGAGAAGACUUUGCCUCCAGCUUUAAAGUUCCAGUCACGCCUAGAGCGUACGACGCGAUACAAAACGUUGACGUUGAUAGCUUGGCUGCUCUGCCAGAAUGGGAGCUGCGGCCUCUACUUCCAUGUCUCGUUCGCAUGGCGUUGUGUUCCCCUCUAGACCAGCGAAAAGAUUGGGGACAGAAGAAGAAAACUGUGCUGAAGAUACUUUCCGGCAUAGAGCUCGUCAAUUCACUGGUGGCCCUGUUGUCUAUCGAUUUCCACGCGCUCGAGCUCGAUGUGAAGAAGGAACAACAGCUUCGAUUGAAACUUGGACCCCACUCCGGGGACAGCAUAUUGGUAUCGUCGCUCCAAAAUUCCUUGGCACUCGAAUUCGAAAGGAGUGACGCUGCCAGGAAGUUGCGACUGGUGCUCAGCGAACUUUUGGCUUUCAUUGCUCAAGUCAAGGAUAGCCGAACUGAAAUGGGCACGAAGUCGUCGGACCUGUUUGACAAUGAUGUCUAUCUGGAUGAAGUUGCAGAUGUCAUGUGCAUUGCUCAUGCAGAGCUCCCGGGGAUCCUGCAUAUUCAGGACAUUGCAGAGACGCUAAUUCACCUCAGGAAUGGGCCAGACCUCCUCUGUCGACUCAUUGCCAAUGCUCCGGACAGCUUUUCUGAGGUAUGCCUUGCCCUGAUCUCCAAUGGGGACAAGCAGGAUGAGGACACAGCGGGCGGCUGUGUGCGCAUGCAGGCGCUGCAUCUGCUGUGCCGGAUGAACCCAGCGCAAUCACUGGUAGUGCGAGCCAAAGCGGUGGAGUUGUGCCGAAUGCCCGGCCUGGCUGUCCUGCUGAGCCUGGACCACUGCCGCAGCACAGAGCAGAAUGACGAGUUCACUUCAGCUGGAGAAUUGGUGGCUUUCGUGAGCGGCCUGUUGCUGGGCAGCGACGACAAAGUUCGCACCUGGUUUGCCCAGUAUGUGCGAAGUUGCCAGAAAAAAGGAGAAUCAGGCAAGGGCAGCACCCUGCAGGCCCUGCGGGAGGAGCUGCUGUCACGGCUGCAGGGGCUGCUCCUAACCAGCCUCGAGCAGCACGACCUGCCCGACUGCCGGGUGGUGCAGGCCAAUGCCCUUCUGCGCCUCUUCUGCGCCCUAAGGGGCAUCGCUGCCCUCAAGUUCACAGAGGAUGAGAUAGUGGUGCUCAUGCAGCUGCUGACUUCACACCCUCCCCCGAGCGCAGCGGGUAUCCGGUUUGUGUCCCUUGGGCUGUGCAUGCUGUUGGCCUGCCCGUCCCUGGUCUCCAGCCAGGAGCACGAGCGCCAGGCCACCCAGUGGAUACGCUGGCUCAUGAAGGAGGAAAGCUACUUUGGCAGGACGAGUGGUGUGAGUGCUUCCUUUGGAGAGAUGUUACUGCUGAUAGCGAUCCACUUCCACAGCAACCAGCUGACGCCCAUAGCCGACCUGGUGUGCUCCACACUGGGCAUGAAGAUACCCAUUCGACCUAACAGCCUGUCCAAGAUGAAGACUAUCUUUACCCAAGAGCUCUUCACGGACCAGGUGGUCACAGCGCAUGCAGUCAAAGUCGCCGUGACUCCGAACCUGAAUGCCAACACUGCUGGCUUCCUUCCUGUCCACUGCAUCUACCAGCUGCUCAAGAGCAGGGCGUUCACCAAGCACAAGGUGCGCAUCAAGGACUGGGUGUUCAAGCAAAUCUGUGCCAGUACGGCCCCUCUGCACCCAAUCCUUCCGGCCUUGGUCGAGGUGUAUGUCAACUCGGUCAUUGUGCCCAGCUGCAAGAGCUCUGCCCAGGAGAUGACCAAUGAGCCGCUGUCUCAGGAAGAGAUUGCAUCUAUGUUUGGCACUUCUCUUCAGGAUGGCACAGGCCCCAAUGGUGGCAAGCCAGGUUCGAGCUCCCAAAAUGCCAAUGGUGACAUGACGGUACCUCAGCUGCUGCUGCUUUACUACCUACUGCUGUACGAGGACACCCGGCUCAACAACAUGAAGGCGAUUGUGUCCUCGGGUCGCAAGGUGAAGCGGUACGGUGCCGAACUGCUGUCACAGCUGCCCAUUCGAUAUUUGGUGAUGCGGGCACAACGGGAGGAACGCUACGCAGGCCUCUUCCCACCGCUGCUGCGCCUGCUGGCCUCGCAUCAUCCGCAUCUCUGCAUGGUGGACGAUUGGCUCCGCGGCGAAAGUGCUGCUGCAGUCACUGCCCUGCCGCACCGCCGCUUCGGCCCACGGUUGGGGCCAAGGGCACCGUGCACCGUGCCCAGCCUUGCGCAGGCCUUCAGCCGCCUGCACAAGUGCCCCAUCGACCUGAUGUCCCAGCUGGACCGCCUGAACACGAUGCCCUUGCCCCAGCUGUGGCCCUAUGCCCAACCACUAGUCUCCAACCUGCCUCUCCUCCUGGAGGAAGGAUGCCCACGACAGGUGAUGGAGCGAGCAAAACAGGUGUGGUGGCGACUGAACGAAGUGUUCCCUCGUCGACUCUGGGUACUGACAGCCAACGCUCUGCGGCUACCUUGUCGCAUGCGACCUCUUACCUUAGACGACCUUGUGCUGGACCCUCUGCAUGUCCUGCGAUGUGACACUCGUGUCUUCCGGUGUGCCCCUGUGCUGGAGUUGGUGCUGCACAUGCUUCGGGCCCUGCUGGCAGCGUCACGCACACAUCUCAGCCACCACCAGCUCGAGCACCCGAUCUUGUCAACUCCCUCUGGUGCUGCACAGCUUCCACCCGCCACCACGCUUCCUGUGUCUGCGGUGGCAGGGGGAACGGCGGCGCCACCGGGGCUCGACAAGGGCUGCUCAGAGGCAGAGAAAGACCGGGAGGAACUGCGGCUGGCCCUGGUGGCUGCUCAGGAGAGCGCUGCCGUCCAGAUCCUGCUCGAGUGCUGCCUGCCUACCGAUGCCGAGAAGAGUGCCAGCGACGGCUUCCUGACAGACCUUCGAGAAGUGCGUACUCUCGUCUGCACGCACCUGCACCAAAUGUUCAUCGCCGAUCCCAACUUGGUUCGACUAGUUCAUUUCCAGGGCUAUCCCAGUGAGCUCUUGCCGGUGUCUGUGUCGCUUAUCCCAUCAAUGCACAUCUGCUUGGAUUUCAUUCCAGAACUUCUGAGUCAGCCUCAUUUGGAGAAACAGGUUUUUGCUAUUGAAUUGGCAUCUUACCUUUGUCUACAAUAUUCCAUCGCCAAGUCACUCAGCAUAGCUCGCUUGUGCAUCAAUGUAACGCACACGCUACUAGGAGUGCUUCCCAGCUAUCAGCGGCCCCUGCUGUUUCUGCCCGCGCUGCCUGCCCUGGUGCGCAUGUGCCAAGCCUUCCCUCCACUGGCCGAGGACGUGGCAGUGCUGCUGCUGCAGCUGGGCCGUGUCUGCCUUUCCCAAGAAUGCACCACGGCGCCACCUCAGCUGGGUUUUUCAGCCAAUCAGCUGGAGAAGUCAGCAGUUAACGUAGAUGAGAAGGAGGUUCUUGAAGGUCGUGUUCCGAGCAACAGCGCCCUCUGCAGUGCAAUCCAGAAGUCCUUUGCAGACUUGUGUGACAAUGCAGUGCUCAACCGGACUAUCUACUAGACCGGCUACAGUGGUCGAAUUGUUUGGUGCAGUUGCAUGUUGUGUGGUUGCUGGGAUCACCAAUGUGCCUCCUGCUUUGUACAGGCCUAAUGGGAGCAUUCAUCCAACUUACUGAACUGGCUGCGAACAUUGUAUACAUUGUUGAGGGACAUGCGUCUCAGAAUGCAGGCAUUUCCCAUAGGACCCACCCAAGGUAGGCACGCUCUUUUUUAACUGGUCUAAGGGGUAUGUGAUAUUUACUGUGGAUCACAUCAUUGUCUAACAACAUCACAUUCUUUUUACGCGGCUAUUGUAUAUAGGACUCCACUUUGUGUGGGCAAGAACUCGUGUAGUAAUUUUUUUUUUACUUUAGUCAUGUUCAUUUCUCCUGAUGUAGUUGUUGCCCACUGUCGCUCUUAAAGCCGCCUUGUGAAUUAUGUUUGGCAUGUUGCCUAAUUUAUAUCAUUAAAGAAAUGGAGUGUUCGA